CCUCUCUGUUCUUCCUCCAUCUCAUUUUUACAUCUGCUCCAUCGACCUUAGCGACCUCAAUUCCCCUGACUUCUUCUCUGUCAUGACUGACUCAAUCUCUUUCACCCCUGAGCCUGAGGGCUACCCCUUCCUCGAAGAAGCCACCCUGAUCAGACUCGAGGGAAGAGAGUUCCAAGUCGGGACAGGCAGGUAUCGACUGGACCGGCUGGUGUCAGAGAAGGUCUAUCGCCCAUACACCGAGCGACGCGCCGUCUUCCACGCCACAAAGCUCAAUGAUCAGCAGCAGCAACAAGUUGUGGUCAAAUUCUUCAUCCAUCAGCACCCAGUCCUUAAGCGUGGCUGCGAGGCCAGUAGGCUCUUCGGCGAUAUCGCCCAACCCGCAUUCGAGUGGGAAGUACAAGCGUUAGAGGCAGCACGCGGACUGAACGGCUUCCCCCAGCUCCUGAACUGGGAAAGCACCGUCCAGAGCACCGAGUUCGAGAACCCGGGCGGCCGGAUGAAUCUCAUCGCCAUGACGCGGCUGCCGGGCUUUCCCCUAUCGUUUUACACCGACGACCUCCGCGAGCCAUCGCGCAUCAAACCGAUCAAGGCACGAGUUGUGGAGCUGGUUGAAGCGCUGCGCCUACACGGGCAGGAGUAUACGGAGGGUGACCCAGACAAGAUCAUUUAUGAUCGAGGAACUGGAAAAAUUGGAAUCUGUUGUCUUGGACGAUCGGUCGCCAUUCGCUCUGCUACCGAGCAGAAUGAUCCGAUCACCGAAGAUAGUGCUGUGAUCGAAGAAUUCGGACUUAACAUCUGGUAUUGA